AUAGAAAACUGUCUGCGGGGCCGGAGGGAUGGAACAAGUGGAAGGCGAUGUUGCCGACAGGCACGUAUUAAUUACUCCGCGACACGCACUGCACCUCUCCGGCUCUGCCCUCCUCUCAGCACGCCGCGGCAUCCUCCUCCUUUCUGCGUAAAGACGAGAGACUCGAGGGCUGCUGCCGCUGCGUUCGGAGCUUCAUGGCCGCGACACUCGCGAUGAGCGGCGGGCAGGAGGACCCCUUCUACCCGCUGCAGAAGGCGACCGGGUUCCCCCUGGAGGACUCGGCGCUGUUCGGCUUGGACUGCAAGAUCCCCGACACGAGCAAGGCAGAGCAGCACGACUACACGCAGGUGAAGUGCGAGAUGGACAGGUAUCUCUCACCUCAGCCUCCUUCCUUUCCACCUCAUGCAGACAACCAGCAGAAGUCGCACAGAGAUGGCACGUCUGCGGUGGAUCAGUUCUUCAGUGACGACCACACAGGGGCUCCCUACACCCUCAACAUGAAUCUUUACCUGCCUGACAUGACCUACCUGAGUAUGGGUUCGUGUGAGCAGGCGCGGCCCCCUCAGCACCAGAACCACGGCGGUCUUGCGCAAAUCAAAACGGAAACUGCCUCGUCGUGUUUCUCCCCCGACCUUCAGCCUCACUGCCCCAUCAGUACGAGCAGCUGUGGCACAUCCAGGCACGGUCCUGGCAGCGUUUCUAUGGAAACCUUGGCCAUAAACAUGUCGUUAACAGGGUUACCAGACUUCACCAGUGUUUUCAACCAGUCGGGCAGCGGUGGCGAUCACCUGCCAGAAGUGUUCAUCAAACAGGAAAUGUCACCGCAGUACGAGCACGGCCUCCAUCAUGACAACAGUGGCUCGCUGUUUCAGCUCCUGAACUCGGGUUUGGAUCAUCACCCCAGCAGUGGCAUGGAGGCUCGGCAGCAGCACAAUUCCACCGCAAUCCACACACCUUUCCAUGAUAUGCCAGUACCACCUUCUUCUUCUACCCAGCAAAAGCAGACCGCCAAGCCGGCCUACUGCAGCCUGGGCAACAGGGUGUACACGCACCCUCACACGCAGCCGCACCCCCACUUCCUGCAGCAGCAGGCGCCCUACCUGCCGCCCUCCCCGCCAAACUCCGAGCCGGGUAGCCCUGACAGGCAGAAGGAGCUGCUCCACACCAUGUCCCCUCCUCCUUCAUACGCAGCCACGAUCGCAUCUAAGCUGGCGGGCGCCACCCCGGGGCUCGGACCAGGCCCGGGACCCGGCGGUUUUGCCCUGCCUAUCUCGACGGUUCCCACACCGGUCCAAGGUCCAGCUGCAGUUCUUCCUCAAGUCUCCACAGCAACCACAACACAGAACCCCAUGCCCGUGCGCUACAACCGGAGGAACAAUCCAGACUUGGAGAAACGCCGGAUCCACCACUGUGAUUACCCAGGUUGUAAGAAGGUCUACACCAAGUCGUCCCAUCUGAAAGCCCACCUCAGGACUCAUACGGGUGAGAAGCCCUACAGGUGCACGUGGGACAGCUGCGACUGGCGUUUCGCUCGUUCCGACGAGCUGACGCGUCACUACCGGAAACACACGGGCGCCAAACCCUUCCAGUGCGCCGUCUGCUCGCGCUCCUUCUCCCGCUCCGACCACCUGGCGCUGCACAUGAAGAGACAUCAGAACUAGCGGCGGCGUUUGCACAUCGACGCGUUCGACGGCGUAACGUGCAAGCCCUGUCGUCGUGCGCGUGGAGCUGAAGCGGCGUGGUGCGGGGAGACAUGGCCCGCUCCUCCUGGUGCUGCCAUCACAUGCUCCACGCUACGGUAGCCUGACAUGUUGCUCUUAACUCAAAGUGGGACAAUUAAGAGGUUGUAAAGUAGGAAAAG